GUACAGAUGUACAACUUAUUUAUUCAAGAGAGUACUUUAAUCUUCUGUUGAUUUGUUUUAAUCCUCAGGAUAAUCAAGACGCGAAUGUUGUACACGGGUGUAGGCCAGGUUUCCACCACAUUUAAAGCUGACAGCAGGCGCAACUUGGUGUCAGCGGUAGCCAAGCUUUACCCAAGCCCUGAUUGGAACGUUGGUAUUGACCGGAUUAACCUGUGUGACGGAAAUUGCACGUGGAGACGAACUAUCGUCAAAGAUCUUUACCCAUGGGAUGCUGGCACGGAUGACGGGAUCACCUUCACCUCAGCGAAUUCCAAAUCUGUACCUCAGCAGCCUAUAAGGAACAUCACCACGAAUACACACUCCCAUGGCUCAUUCCCAAGUAAAGAUGGGAGCGACAUUACACGACCUUUUGGGCAAAUUAAACUGCAGCUUAUGCAAACUUUCGGAGACUGCGGAAAGCCAGGACUCCCUCCCUUCCCCGUGAGACCACCAAGAGUUCAUUGUGAAGUUUCCCGCUGGUCGUCAUGGAAACCGUGCUCUGUCACCUGUGGUCGCGGCGUACAGCUUAGGGGCCGAGCAGUUAUCAAGAAUGAAAUGAAUGACGGGAUACCAUGUCCACAUCUAACGGAGUCCAGAUCCUGUAUCCAGCCCAAUUGCUCCGUGCCCAAACCGUCCAAUUGUAAGCUUUCUCCUUGGUCGUCUUGGAGCGGGUGUCGUGGCACGUGCAAUAGAGGCGGACGAUUUCGCUCGAGGACAAUUCUACAAAAAGCGGAGCCUGGGGGAAAGCCGUGCCCUGACACAAACUCUCUUAUCAAAUGGAGGCGCUGCAAGCUUCCAAAAUGUUCGUCAGAAAAGGCCAACGACUGUAUAGUAACGGGAUGGUCUCCUUGGACUCCAUGCUCCAAAAAGUGUAACAGAGGAAAAAAGUUUCGAGUAAGAAAGAUCAUAAAAAGCGAGAAGAAUGACGGAGCAAGCUGCCCGACAAAACUUAAAGAGAGAAGAAAAUGUACUCCUGUCAAGUGUUCUGCGUGAAGACCAUCUGGGCGUGAGGAGAAAGAAGGUUGAUUGGACGUGCAACAAGUGCUUGGCUUCGCGAAUGGAUCAUAUUGCAGAUAAAAUUGAGACUGGUUAUAGCAAAAGACAGGAAAAGCUCGUAUAUAGUUAUUUAUUUUGGGUGCUAGGCCAGGAAUUGUAGUCCAGUCCAUCGCCACCCGAAGUCCAAAAGUAAGACGAUAGGGGGACUGGGCUACAGGAAGUACUUUAAUUGCCGGAAGAUAAGAGAACACUGUGCUGUAGAACACGAACAAUAAAUAUACAAAUGGACAUGAAAAAAAACAAAAAAACAAAAAAAAACAAAAAAAAAACAAAAAAA